CGCUGUUAGGCUCCCUAUGGGUGAUGCGCCUUCUCUGACUUCCUGAUCGCCCACCCUCCUAACGGCCGUGCUUCCAACAGCCUUCUCUCUCCCCCGUACCCUCCUCACCCCCCCCCUCCCCUCCAUCAUCCACCGUCACCAUGGGGGAGGUAGUCCAGAUGCACUUCACCACGGUGGACUACGUCAUCUUCGUCUUGCUGCUGGUGGCCUCUGCCGGCAUCGGCCUGUUCUAUGCCUUCUCUGGAGGCCGCCAGCGCACAACACAGGAGUUCCUGAUGGCUGACCGUUCUAUGAGCUGCCUGCCUGUGUCUCUGUCCCUGCUGGCCACUUUCCAGUCGGCUGUGGCCAUCCUAGGCGCUCCGUCGGAGGUGUACACCUUUGGGACGCAAUACUGGUUCCUGGGUUGCUCCUACUUCUUGGGCCUGCUCAUCCCAGCUCAUGUCUUCAUACCAGUCUUCUACAGGCUGCGGCUGUCCAGCGCCUACGAGUAUCUGGAGCUGCGCUUUAACAAGACUGUUCGCAUAUGUGGGACUGUGACCUUCAUCUUUCAGAUGGUCAUUUAUAUGGGGGUGGUCCUGUAUGCUCCAGCCUUGGCACUCAAUGCAGUGACUGGUUUUGACCUGUGGGGGGGAGUGCUAGCCAUGGGAUUGGUGUGCACUCUGUAUACUGCUAUGGGGGGCCUGAAGGCGGUGAUGUGGACCGACGUGUUCCAGACGGUGGUAAUGUUCGCAGGCCAGUUGGCGGUCAUUGUGGUGGGGGCAAGUCAGGCAGGGGGCAUGGCGGAGGUCUGGAGGAAAGCGAACAACGGCAGCCGCAUUGCUAGAUUAGACCUGAACCCCGACCCUCUGGAGCGCCACACCUUCUGGACUCUCGGGGUGGGUGGAGUCUUCCUGAUGCUGGCUCUGUAUGGGGUCAACCAGGCCCAGGUCCAGAGAUACCUCAGCUCACGCACGGAGAAAGCGGCCGUCAUGUCCUGCUACGUUGUUUUCCCAUGCCAGCAGAUCGUCCUGUGUAUGGGUUGUCUGAUGGGUCUGGUCAUGUUUGCUCGCUACGGAGAGGACAGCCCUCUGGACAAAGGCUACGUCCAAACCAAUGAUCAGAUGGUGCUGUACUUCGUGAUGGAUGUAUUCCAAGAUCUGCCCGGGCUGCCAGGCCUGUUUGUGGCCUGUCUCUUCAGUGGAGCUCUCAGCACUAUCUCAUCUGCCUUCAACUCCUUAGCAACAGUAACUAUGGAGGACCUGAUUAAACCCCAUUUUCCAAACAUGACUGAGUCUAAAGCCACACUGCUGUCCAAGGCACUGGCUUUGGCUUAUGGGCUAAUAUGUCUGGCUAUGGCCUACCUCGCCUCCUUAAUGGGAUCUGUGCUGCAGGCAGCCUUCAGUAUCUUUGGGAUGGUGGGUGGUCCUCUGCUGGGCCUCUUCUGUCUGGGAAUGUUCUUCCCCUGGGCAAACUCCAUUGGUGCAGUGGUGGGACUAGUAGCAGGCCUCGCCAUGGCCUUCUGGAUCGGCAUUGGCAGUUUCAUGAUGCGCCUGCCUGGUCCAACCCCAGUGCCCCCCAUCAACAGCACCAUGUCACCUCUGUUUGACAACAUGACCACGGCCGCCAUGACUACACUGGUCACUGCUGCCACAGCCAAGCCGAGGCCAACAGGAGUGGAGGCGCUCUAUUCAUUGUCCUACAUGUGGUACAGUGCUCACAACUCCACCACUGUGGUGGUGGUGGGACUGCUGGUCAGCCUGAUAACAGGACCUAUGAAGGAGAAGGAUCUGGCCCCCGGCACUGUGUUCCCAGUCCUGGGCACACUGCUUUUCUUUCUGCCCGAGCGCUACAGAGAGAAGCUGUGCUGUGUCACUCCUCUGCCUUCCAAGCCCAAAGAAAUCAACACGCAGCCUUAUAAGAUGGCCAAGAAGGACGGAAACGGAGCAGCUUACUGCAAAGAGGACACCGUCACCGAGGACAAAGAGGCGGCAAGCGACAAAGCACAAACCGAUCAGGAGGACGAAGCAGAAACGAGGGUCAAUCAGCCAUCGUGCCAGCUGACAGCUCACACUGUUCAGGAAACAGCCUUGUGAUCCUUUUUUUCCCCUCCUUCUUAUUGCACACACAAGACACACACACUUUCCAUCCCAAACCAUCCAAUCAGAGCUCAACCUGUUAUUUUCCUCAGAGGAGAGGACGAUAGAUGUGAAGUCGGUCUCUAAGUGGAGGGUGGAGCCAUCCCAAAUGUGGAUGGUGGUCAGUUGAGCCUGAUUGUAGAGAGAGAGAGAGAGGCUAAUGAGCUUCAGGGUCUGUAUGGGGGAAAUACUGCUUUACUGGUACCCACUCACCCAUUCUCUCCACAAACAAAAAAUAACUAACAGAUGAAGAAAACUGGAUAUCGAAGUCUUGCCAGGCUGGAACUGUGCACUGAAAAGCCCAAAAUGGCAGCAAACAGAGGAGAAAUCAGCACUGAGCUGCACACACAGGUCCAGAGGUGUGCAGAUGUGCUGUCUAUGUGUGUGUGUGUGUGUGUGUGUGUAGUGAAAGUUAAGGAGCACAAGGAGCUGCUGCACUGUGACUGGACCCAAAGGUAGUCAACACACACCAGAUGUAAAAAAUGUGUUAUUUUUGUAGAGAUGAUGUUAUGAUUUAAUAUCCCAGAAUAUCUUAUAAGAGAAUCUAAUAUAAAAAAAAAGAAAUAUUAUGUCCCAAGAGAUUGAAAUUUAAUUAGAAUGUUUUUUUAAUGGAAGGCCUCGGUUCUUGUAGUAGUGUAAGUGUUUUUACAUGGCCUCGGUUUAAUAGUGAUGGUCGCCUUCUAGCUGCUAGUAUAGAUGCAGAUAUCCUUCAAAGUCCACAAAGGCACAGAUGUGUGUUCAGGUGAGGGCAGAGAUGGUGUCAGGUACAGUCACUCCUCAACUGCCAUAUUUUCUAACUACGUUAGGAGGAAGCUAUCCAGUCUCCCUGAACAUUACACAUACACCCGAUAAAUGUCAUUAUUAAACAGUGGGAGUUUAUCUGCUGCAGUAAAAGCCUCCACGCUUCUGCUUUCAGGCUUUCCACCUGAUUUUGGGACCUGGCUGCAGGGAUCUGCUCCCAUUCAUGUUUGGUUAGAAGGUCAGGGCUCUGUGCAGGCCAAGUUCUUCAAACAAUGAAGAACAACAAGGUGUAUACAGUUUUUUUUUAACCAUAAAUGUGGAGUAUGUUGAGCUGUCUCCACUUGUGGUUCACACAGUGGAGUCACACGUCUCCUUCUUCUACCACACAAACAUCCAUUAAGUUAUGAAGUGCCUCAUUUGGUUGCCAGCUGCCUGAAUGUUCAUUCAGUGCGCUGCUAUUAAAAUAGAAUGUGAUCUAGUGUUAGUUCUGUAAAGUGUAGUCAGCUAUGAUUAGCUUUAUAUGCAUUAAGUUCUAUCAUUAGACACACAUACAGUAUGUUUGUUUGUGCGUGUUUACCUUUAAAUGAAAUGAAUAUGGAACUAACCCACAUUUGACCUCUGCUCCCAUCUGACCUGCUUGGCCUGAAUCACCUACAGUAGAAAAGCCAUGUUGGAGCUUUGAGACGGACCUGCUUUACUUCUAUUAGGCAUUUACUAUUAUCCAUAUCAUCUCUGGUCAUUUUUGUUUAUGUACUUUUAAACAUCAAGUGAUCAUCUUUUCUUUCUUUUUUUCCCGUGGUUGUCAGUGUCAGUACGUGAUUGAUUUACGUAAUAAUAGUGUGUACUUUGAGUGUGUGAUUUUUUUUUUUUUGUUAUUGUUUUUUUUUUAAUCAUCAUCGCCAUCACUGUUUUUUGGAAUCACAGAAUUCUUGACCCUCAUGGCCUCUCCUAGUAGUGUUUUGAAGUCAUCCGUCAUCACUGUGAUAGAAGAGAGAUGUCAUGUGUGCUGUGUUGUCAGUCUUCAAUGUCUGUGACUGGACUGCAUUUAGUUUACUCAUGUGAUUUACAAUGGUUUGUUCAACACUACAGAGCCCGUUAAACCCCAAACCAGUCUUAUUUUACACUUGUUCCCAUUAGGCCUGUCACAAUAAUUAUAACUUAUUGUACAAUAACGUAAUUAUGGCUUAUAUUGAUUUAAAGUAUGCCCAUAAUGGCAUACUGCUGCUCUCCAAUCCCACCCCUACAUUAUUAAACUUUUAUAUUAUCAUUAUAUCAGUGGUAUAAAAUGAUCUUCAAAUGACAAUAAUAUUGUUUAUCAUGAUUAUUUCUGAGACAAUAUAUCGUCCAACAGAAGUAGUUAUUGUGACAGGUUUAGUUCCCAAAGAGUUUUAUAGUCUUUAUGGAGGCUCCACGUGAAGUACCUGCAUCCAGAUGUUUACCUACAUCUGAUGAUUAUAGACACUGAAUCUUGUUCUAUUACAUGUUGAUAGCUAAGACGUCCACGUCUCAACUUUUCCCCAAGUUGUAUUUUGAGUACAGCUCAGACAAUCGAGGCGACAGAGCUGAACAGCAGAGAAACAAGCAGCUUUAGCAUGUGUCAUUAAUGUGAGAAGGCUUACAGGCCACCAUACCUUCACAUUUAAAGGAAAGUGGAAGCCCUUCUGAAACCUGGUAAGCAGCUGUUUGUUUUGGUACCGUCAUCCUGACACUCAGAAAUAUCUAUCCAAAGCAUAUAGAACGCAAAUCAUAUUUUAGCUUUGUUUUCUAUCAACAGAGGGUCUAUUUCAGAUCAUAUAUGUAUAUUUUUGUAAUUUUCACAUGAAGCCUGCACACAUUUCAUGAACUGAAAUGUGGAAUUCUAUAUGCAAGAACCAUGAAAUGUUUUUUUUUUUUGUGAAUGACAGGCUGAAUUGGGAAUGUAGCAGUCCACCUAAUAAUGUGUACUUACUUAUAGAAAUAACCAGAGCACCUUAAAUAAGAAGCCUUUGAUAUCAUUUCAUACAGAUAUCUUUACUAAGAGCAGUGUUUUUCCCCCUCAGUGCUACAUCCCACAUUCCAGCUGAUACAUUCACACUUUUCAAAACAUUUGAAUGGUUCCUAGAUUUUUUAAAUUUUGAAAUAAUUUAAUAUUACAUCCUGUAACAAUGUGUAUUCGACGGAUGUGUUUUUAUUUAUGAUUACAUAGUGAUGGAUCCUUCUCCUUCAUACCUGAAAUUACUUGAAGUGUGUGCCUGUAAUGUUCCCUUAAUGAUACACAGAUGAGUAUAGUGUGAGGGAACAUAACUCAAGUGCUGAUAUGUUAUUCAUAUUAUUGCUGUCUAAAGAUGUCCUUUAUGAACACACACUGUGACGUUAAUGAACACUAACACACCUA